UAACUUGUCCUUGUUUUCUAACCACUUUGAUACAACCUAUAACCACUACAUAGAGAGAGAGAGAGAGGGGAAAAGAAAGAAGAGAUGAAUAGAGGGGAUAUGGAAGAAGUGAUGAAGGAGAAAGGAAAGGUAUGUGUAACGGGAGGAAGUGGUUAUCUUGGAUCAUGGAUGGUUAUGAGACUUCUUCAACUUGGUUAUUAUGUUAAUACAACUAUUAGAUCUCAUCCAGAUCACAAGAAGGAUGUAAGCUAUCUCACAAAUCUCCCAGGUGCACAAGAAAGGUUGAAUAUUUUUAAUGCUGAUCUACACAAACCACAAAGUUUCAAUGCAGCAAUUGAAGGCUGCAUUGGUGUAUUUCAUGUUGCACAUCCAAUUGAUUUUGAAAACAAAGAACCUGAAGAAACAAUAACACAAAGAACAAUUAAUGGAGCAAUAGGUAUUUUACAGGCAUGUCUCGAUUCAAAAACAGUCAAACGCGUUGUAUACACUUCUAGUGCAUCUACAGUUAUGGAUAGUGGAAGUUCCAACGUCAUAAUCGAUGAAUGCUCGUGGACAGAUGUAGAUGUUAUGAGAACAUUGAAGCCUUUUGCAAGUUCUUACAUAAUUAGUAAGACAUUAACAGAGAAAGCAGCUUUAGAAUUUGCUGAAAAAAAUGGUAUCGAUCUUGUGACUGUAAUCCCAACUUGGAUACAUGGUACCUUUAUUACUCCUCAAAUUCCUGGCUCUGUUCGUUCAUCCAUGGAAAUGAUUCUUGGUCAUCAAAAUUUUAGUAUGGGUUACCCUCCAAUUGUACCUUUUGUACAUGUAGAUGAUGUGACAAAUGCUCACAUUUUCCUUUUUGAAAAUCCUAAUGCAAAAGGGAGGUAUAUUUGCUCAGCUGCUGAAAUAACAGGGGAAAAGCUAGCUGAGUUUCUUUUGACAAGAUAUCCUGAAUUUCAAAAACAAAUUACUGAUUUCUGAUAUUGGUUUUGGCGUUUGGGAAAUCAAGUUCUCUCUCUCGGUGUAUUUUAGUGAAGCUUGCUAAUGUGCAUUUGGUCUGCACCAUGUCUUUACAAUGGAACUCAAGAUCGUCGGUCCAGUUGACUAUGCCAUGUUGGUAGGUUAUCUACCUAUACAGACUCUUUGGGCUCUGUUAGGUUAAAGGAUUUUGGUGAUAUCAGGACCGACCCAGCUACGCGAUACCUCUAAUUUUCAGAGGCGAACACGUCAUCUUAGCAAACCUUGAUGGAGUGUGGGAACAAAGCUUGGGAGAAACUUUGACAACCAAACUUGUGGAAAGAAUAACCACAAAUGUGAAAGUUGGCAGCCACAUUUGUGAAAGUUGGUAGUCAAAUUUUGGAAGAGUUUUGGUGGAGUUUGACAACCAAACUUUGUGAAAAUUGGCUGCCACAUUUGUGUUACUCAUGAUGUAAUCAAGUGGUUCAAAACUCUAUAAAUAGAGUAGUAGUUAAACAUUUGAAGAUACACCAAAAUAGAAAAAGCAAUAGAGAGUAAUCCACAAGCUAUUUCUGAGUUUGUGAGAAAAUAGUGUGAAAGUAAUAUUAUUGUGAGUUGUAAAAAAUAAAAGAGUGUUAUUCUUAUAAAAGUGGAAUAGUCUUUUGACACUAUCAAGUUUUCAUCAAUAUUAUUGUAUUACUUACUCGGGUAUCAUAUU